UGAUUUGAAGUUAUUCCAUCGUGAUAUUCAACGAUGUUGACAAAAAAUAUGUUAAAAUUAAGACGCUUCAUACAUGAUACUCGAUUGAGUUCUCUUGCUCAAUUGUCACCAAAGUACAAAGAAGAUGUAGAGAGUAAAAUGCUAGCUUGGCAGAUACACUCUUAUGGCAACGUGAACGAAUUAAAAAUGUCAAAUGUUAGAAUACCGAUAAUUACAAAUCCGAUGGAAGUUUUGAUCAAGGUCCAAGCAGCAAGUGUUAAUCCUAUAGACAUUGCAAUGAUACGUGGUUAUGGUGCAACGUUAUUAAAUCUUAUGCGUAAAGCAAGGAACUUUGGUGGCUAUGCGUAUAGCGAUUUAAUUGAAUUUCCAUUAACUUUAGGAAGAGAUUUUUCUGGAAUUGUAGUCUCAAAGGGACACAAUGUUGGAGAUAAACUAAAACUGGGAGACCAAGUAUGGGGUGUAGUUCCUGUAGAUAAGCAAGGCUGCCAUGCUAAUUACGUGGUUGUUGAUAGUAGCUUGGUAAGGCAAUAUCCAAAAAACUUAUCAUACACUGAAGCUGCAAGUGUUUUGUAUGCUGGAUUGACUGCAUGGUCUGCUUUAUGGAUUACUGGCGGUUUGUGUUAUAAAACAUCUAUCGGUACAAGAUUAAAUAGAAGGAUACUAGUAUUAGGUGGUUCUGGAGGUGUUGGUACUAUGGCUAUACAACUGUUGAAAGCUUGGAAUAUGCAUGUAAUAACCACUUGUAGCAGCGAUGCUGUAAAUAUGAUGGAAAAAUUAGGAGCUAAUGUUGUAAUAGAUUAUAAACAACGUGAUGCUGAUGCACAAAUAAUUUCUGAAGGACCAUAUGAUAUAAUUUUGGAUUGCUCCAAUCAAGGACCAGACUUAAUAAAUUCAAAGGGUUACCCAUAUUAUACUUAUAUAACACUCAAUUCUCCAUUAUUAAAAAAUAUUGAUCAGUUGGGAUUAAUUGCUGGAACUUUUAAAAAUCUUGGUGACAUAUUUAAAUAUAAUAUUCCAAAGUCUAAUAACAAAGGUUCUGUAAAAUGGGGCUUUUUUGUACCAUCGGAAACAGGCAUGAGUAUGCUUCAUGAUUUUGUUGAAUGUGGACAGAUAAUACCAGUUGUGAAACAAAUAUAUCCUUUUCAAGAUUUACCAGCAGCAUAUGAAAGAGUAACGCAAGGUCAUUUACGAGGUAAAUUAAUUAUUGACAUGAAAUAAUAUCUAUUAUAACUCUUUUAUAAAAUUUC